GUCUGUCUGGACCGGGCCAAUUAUUGUAAGGGGCCCAAUUUUGUUUUUAUAUUAUAUGUAUGCAUAUAAGAAGCCCACCACCCAAGCCUAAUACGGAGUAUGUUAAAAGCCCAUCUCAUUAGCCGCCCCACCCCUUCCUACGCAAAAGCCUACCGCCGAAACCGAAUAGGAAAGAGAGUGCCGACUCUGAGAACGCCGCCGGUAGAGAGACGCCGCUGCACCCUCCAGAGGCUGCAGCAAAAGUCUAGGAUCUGUCUGAGCGACUGAGGAAGAAUGGUGGAGCAAGGUGAAGAAGAGAAAUCAUUCAAAGAAUUAGGAGUGUGUGACCAACUUGUUGAGGCUUGCCACAAUUUGGGCUGGAAAACUGCUUCUAAGAUUCAAGCUGAGGCUAUUCCUCAUGCUCUUGAAGGGAAGGAUAUAAUUGGGCUUGCACAGACGGGCUCAGGAAAGACUGGAGCUUUUGCGAUUCCAAUACUGCAAGCACUCCUAGAUUCUCCACAACCAUUCAUUGCAUGCGUGCUUUCUCCAACUAGAGAACUCGCCAUUCAAAUUUGUCAGCAGUUUGAAGCACUUGGAGCUGGAAUUGGUGUCAAGUGUGCAGCGCUUGUAGGGGGACUUGAUCAAGUACAACAGGGCAUUAUUCUUGCAAAGCGACCACAUAUUCUUGUGGCAACUCCUGGUCGUCUUUUGGAUCAUCUUUCAAAUACCAAAGGCUUUUCUCUUCGCGCCAUAAAGUUUUUGGUGUUGGAUGAGGCAGACAAGUUACUGAAUGAGGAUUUUGAGAAAGCACUUAAUGAGAUUCUGGAUAAUAUUCCCCGUGAGAGGAGGACGUAUUUGUUUUCUGCCACCAUGACCAAAAAGGUGGGUAAACUUCAAAGGGCUUGUCUUAAAAAUCCUGUAAAGAUUGAGGCAGCCUCAAAAUAUUCCACAGUUGAUACAUUAAAACAGCAGUAUCGAUUUCUUCCUGCAAAAUAUAAGGAUUGCUAUCUUGUCUAUAUACUGACUGAGACGUCGAGCAGUACGUCAAUGGUGUUCACGCGUACAUGUGAUGCAACUCGUCUUUUAGCUUUGAUGCUUCGAAACCUUGGUCUAAAUGCCAUAUCAAUUAGUGGCCAAAUGACUCAGGAAAAAAGACUUGGAGCGUUGAACAAAUUCAAAGCUGGCGAGUGCAACAUUCUUAUUUGUACUGAUGUUGCAAGUCGAGGACUUGAUAUCCCAUCUGUGGAUAUGGUUAUUAACUAUGAUAUCCCAUCAAACUCUAAGGAUUACAUACACAGAGUCGGAAGAACAGCUAGAGCUGGUCGAUCUGGAGUUGCGAUUUCCCUUGUAAACCAAUAUGAGCUGCAGUGGUAUUUGCAGAUAGAGAAGCUCCUAGAUAAGAAAUUGCCGGAGUACACUGUUCCGGAGGAGGAAGUUUUAGUGUUUUUGGACCGUGUCACCGAAGCCAAAAGAAUCUCCCAAAUGAAAAUAAAAGAAUCAGGAGGCCAUAAGAGAAGAAGAGGUGGUGACGAGGAAGACAAUGAUGCGUAUUUGGGUAUUAGGAAGGGGAAAAAGUCCUCUAAGAAGCCAAAUAGAAGAUGAUACGAAAACCGGCUUUCAUGUUUGUUCUUCAUAUUUUCACUCCAUUUUGAUCGUAGUGCAUUUUUUUUUUAUAUAAAAAAUCUGAUUUCUCUUGCCCCCGUUGUUUCAAGAAGCCAAGUUUUGCGUAGAGAUAUGGGUGUGAAGUUCUUAUCUCCAUCCAACGUCUAAAUUUUCCUUUUAAAUUUUUGCCUACCGUGUAAAAUUGUCUUAACCUCUUGGUUUUAGUUGCUCCAAGGUAUUAUUUAUGUUAUUAUGCCGUAUUAAUUUACUUCGUGCGGAUUUAGUUGUCCAAGUCCGAAAUCAAUUGUCCACGAGAAGAAAAAAAUGAAAUUGUA